CCAAAAAACCUGCAAACCUCACAAGUACAAUAAAACUACAUGCAAGCAUAUACUGACAGCCCUUCGAUUGCGCAAAAAGCAGAACAACGUGAUAGCGAUGUUUUCAAUAUUGCCAGCUUGCUUCCUAUUGGCUGCAACUGCCUACUCGAUGACGUCAGCAGCCGUAAUUACUGCUACUGAUGGUUUCUGUGUGCAUGAGGGUGAAAAAUUCCACCCAGGAGCACAGGUGGUCCUUCAGGAUUGUCAGUACAAAUGCAAAUGCGUGGCGAGUGAAGGUUAUUCGUUCUUCAUGUGUGAGCCUUUAUGUGAAGAGUAUUAUGAUUUUACUUGCGCUGAUGGACAGGAGCCAAUCAUGGAGCUGGAGGAGACUUCAGUCAACGAGUGCAAGUGUGUCAAAUACUACUGCCCGAAGAGACUCUCCGUGGCCAACUUUAUAGAGUAAGUGCUGU